AUGUUGGUCGUCGUCCUUGCUGCACGCCGCCCACUGCCGGGCUGCACUCCCUUACUUUCCUCUCCGCUCCCUGUACCCGACGUCGAUGAUCGCCCGCCCGCGACAAUGCAAAACACAUACUCACAAGACGAGAACGAACAGACUACCUUCAUGUCGGCUGCUCACGCCUAUAGCCUAGAGCAGGACGUCUGUGUUAUCUGUGACGGCGAAUGCACCUGCGAAAUCUCAGAGUCCACUGCGCCCGCUCCCUAUAUCCCUCCGACGCCGGCACCGACGCCCGCCGCGCCGCUCAAGAUAAAACUGACGGUUCCCCCGGGCCUGUUCACCCGCCCCGUCCCCUCGGCAUCCUCUUCUGCUGUCAUACCUCAAAAGAAGACAAAGUCUACAAUCUCUCCUUAUGCGGCCAAGGCACCGCAUCCCCCGCCGAGAAAACGCGGGCGCCCGCCUAAAGCGCUCGCAGCUGCCUACGCCGCGCAGGCCGCCAAAAAGUCGUCCCAAGUCGCGACGAUCAAAAAGACUUCACCAUCUGUCAUCGCUUCCAAGGGCAAAGGAAAGGCGCCCGCCGCAAAGAAGGCCGUCGUCGCGAGCGGCAAUGCGGUCAAGGGCGGCCGCAACGCGCGCCGGCGUAUGCAGAUUGCUAGCGACGACGACUACAACCCUCUGCGUGCUGGACCCUCCAGCCUCAAACGCACGCACUCCACGAUCGACUACUCUGACGACGACGAAGAGGACAUCCCUCUGCGCCAUAAACACGCGACGAAAGCCUACCCGCCCUUUCUGCCCGUCCCCUCUCACGCGCUCUCCUCUGCCUCGUCCUCCGGCUCCUCGUCUUCGUCUUCAGACUCCGACGACCUCUCGGAUGAUCUGUCCGACUUCUCCGACUCCUCUCUGGCGCACGAGGAGGAGAGCUAUAUUAAGGACGACGAGACCCAUCGUCGCGCCGCCCACGAAAAGGCGCGAGUUACGCGGGAGCUGUUCGGAGAGAACCCGUACGCGCGCAAGUCUCACUCUCACUCCCAGUGGGACAUCCGUCCCCGGCAGCGCUCGGUCAGUGCCGCGCCGGAGGACAAUAUGGAUGUUGAUGAGGAUGCUGAUGGGGAGGAUGAGAGCGAGGGAGAGGAGGAUGAAGAGGAGGCGGACGGAGAGGCUGAGGCGGAUGCCGAUGCGGAGGAUGAUGCGGAGGAAGGGGAGGUGGAGAGUGAACUUCGUGGGCCGGCGUACGUCGGUAUUGGCACCGGCUGGACCGACGACGACGAUGAAGACGCAUUCGACGCUGCGCUGUUCUUCUCCGCGCUCGAUGCCGAUUCGGACGACGCCUCUCCGGCGCCGAAGACUGCGCUGCUCGUGCAUCCGGACGCACAGAUGGAUGAAGACGCCACCGAAGAUGAUGAUGAGAUGAGCUGGGACGAAGACGCCGAGUUCGCUCAAGGCGUCUUUGAAGUUACGCAUGCGUGGGAUGGCUCCGUCGCUUUCACCAACGGGUUUAGAGACGGACAAGGUUUACUCGACUGGGCGUUCGAAGCCGAAGCUGCCGCGGCAAUCUCAUCAGAUUCGCCCUCAUCAUCACCUACGCCGGAGCCGAUGCCACCACCGUCGUCCGCUCUGACACUCGACUUCCUCAGCUCUGGUGCCGGUCUACUUCCUGCAUUCGAGACCGCUGCCGAAGAGGACGGAGAACAGGGUGACGAUGAAGAGAUGGAGGACGAGAUGGACUCUGAUGCGGGCAGCAGCACCGAUGACGAGCUCGUAGACGCCCAUGGUCUACCCACCGAACGCUUGAUGCGGCUUUUUCGUCCGCCUGCCGCUUUGCCCGUCAGCAUCGACCCGCAAAGUACACUCUCGCCCACCCGGGCUUCGGCCGAUCUCGAUCUCGACUCUGACAAAGAUGAGCCGCCCACCCCACCCCGUCGUGCUAUGUCCACUGGCAGGAAGAGCAAGUCGAGGGGCCCGCCGAUGGGCACGUUCAGUACCGUGCGCAGCGACUCGCUUCGCCGGGCCGUGAUUGAUGGCGCGCGUUCGCCCGGAAAGGAAGCCGCCAGUCCGUUCCCGCUUCGCAGGCGCCGCGGGUUCAGCGAGUCGAAUGCAAGCAGUAUCUUCAGCGGUACGCGCGGGCGCUCGGCUUCGCUCUCGCAGUUCUCGCAAACGCUGCUGUCGCCCUCUCCGGCCCUCGGAUCCGAUUUCCCGCGGUCACCUUCUCCGUUCAAUCGCAACCCGCUGACACCUGGGUCUUCACUCGCUCUCUCGACGCCUCUGCCAUUAUCCGCAGACAUCUUCCCUGUUGCUCCUUCGCCCAUCGAGCCUCCCUCUGAGCCCGCACGUCUUGAGCUUUCAGACGUGCUCGACGCCUCCCUUCUCGCAGGCGGUGAAGACGAAGGCGAGGGCCCCGCACCACCCGAUACAGAGCUUUCCGAUGCUCUCGCCACUCCAUCGACCUUCGCAAGAUGGGAGCGCGUGCCGAUUGGCACCUUUCGUCGCGCUAGUGCCAGGGAGAGCGGACUUCUCUCCGAUUCGGGCAUGGCGUACGCUGGGAACGGCGCGUUCGGCGUUGGGGGCAUGGUGCGCGGGAGCCCGUUCAGCACGCUCACUGCUGCACCCGCACUCCCGGAAGACUCGCCCACACCCGUCUCGCGCCGCGCCGUCCGUCGUCGUCUCAGUGUCGCCGCCUCACCGGUUCUCCUUCCUACGAUCGGUACGACGUCCACCGAGACAACGCCGAAAAGGAAGGAGAGUCGACAGGAUAAGAUUGCACGGAGACGAAGCGCGAUGCAUCUGGGCAACGGCAGUGUGCCGAAUGGUGGUGGGCACAGGGGGAAGGGAAAGGUGCAUCGGAGAGGACAUCAUCCGAACGAUAAGGCGCGCGGAGGGUUGCAGAGGAAUGGUGGGGUUCCGCCUUUGAGCAUAUAG